AUGGCCGAUCCUCUGUACGAACUACUAAUCCCCUAUUUCGACGCCCAAGACGCGCAGCUACGGCCUUCCCCGACCGACGCCGUUACCAACACGUACCUCUCCCGCCUCACGACCCUGCCCCUAGCCGCCCUCACAUCCUCGGAGCAACAGUCGCUUUCACAAAGUUCGCAAUCUAUACUACGGUCACUUCAAGUACUCUCGAAACGCUCCCACAAACCAAUAAUAUCAUCGACCGAUCACCUACUACAUCUCCGCAAGACACUUCCACAGAUAGGACAUGAUGCAGCAACAGUCCAGGCAGAGCUGCCACACCUGGAGACGGCUGCGCAGAACUUCGCCGAGAAAUACAGUAGAGGCGCAGAUAACGCGAUACUAGACAGGCGGAGAAAAGCGAUGCUGCUAUCUCGAAACAUUGAUCGCGUAUCCGAUGUGCUCGACCUACCAACCCUCCUCUCCUCCGCUAUCAGCUCCUCUACAGCUGCCGCACAAGCCUCGUCAUCUACGGCUACUGCCAAUGCGAACUAUGCCUCGGCUCUCGAUCUUCACGCACACAUCAAGCGCCUCCAUACGCUAUACCCCAAGUCAGAACUGGUUUCCUCGCUCACUGCUCAGGCUGAGCAGGAGAUGAAGACCAUGACCACCAACCUCAUAAGCUCGCUCCAAAGUCAAGGCAUUAAGCUGGCAGGUGCCAUGCGAACAAUUGGCUGGCUUAGACGCGUAGCGCCGGAACUGGACGAAUCAUGGUCGACCAAGCAGGCUGGCAUAGGCAGCGGAGAAGGCACCCUGGGCGUGUUGUUCCUCGUGUGUCGACUCGUGUGUCUGGAGUUGAUGCUCAGUGCACUGGACCCUCUACGCGAACUUGCAGACCAAGAAACUGAGAGGCGGACGACUAGAGCGGCCAAAAGUGACGCGGGCUGGGCCGUCGGCCAACAAACAGAAAAGUACUUGAAGAAGUACCUUGAAAUCUUCCGAGAGCAGAGCUUCGCCAUAAUAUCCAUGUACAAGAGCAUCUUCCCCUCCGCCUUACCAGCGCCAGGGUCCGAUGAAAGUGCGCUAGCUGUCAAGCCAGUCACGACCUCCAUCCUUCUUCAACCAAUACCAUCAGCCCUCGCAACAUUCCCAUUACACCUCGUAGAGAUGCUAUUCGAUACUCUACGGACUUACCUUCCAAACGUGCAAGAUCGCUCGCAACGAGAUUCGCUUCUCACGCAGGUCUUGUACUGUGCUGGCUCGCUAGGUAGAUUAGGUGGUGACUUCAGCAUGAUGAUCGCUUUACUUGAAGAAGACUUGAGGGCAGAGCUAGGAGAAGGCUCAGGUGACACAGAAGAGCAGGAGGUUGAAGAAGAGUGGGUCGAAGUAAUGAAGAAGCAUCGCGUGCAGGCGUCAAGGCUGGAAUUGCUUGCUUCUGGUGUCGGCGCGGGGAGGACAAGCAGUCCUGUAGAGAGAUCUGCAAGCCCGUUGAGAUAG